CGAAGCAACGCUGAGUCGCUGACGCCAUCUUUUGCGCGCGGCGCGCCUCGUCCCCCUGGACGCCCCUGCUGCCUGCUCUUUUCGCGUCGCCGGUGUAGUGCCCCACGACCACGAUCAUCAACAACAAAUCUCUAACCGCUGCCACCGAUCCAUGCCGUCGUCACCCCCGCGGCUGGCGAUGGAGCAUCGCCGCCGCCAGCCUCCAGCGCCCUCCGCGCCCACCUACCUCGCCGCAACGCUCGCCUUCCUCACCCUCGCCGCGGUCGCCUACUUCCGCGCCGCCUUCCCCCGCUUCCCGCACCCGCCGGCCACCCGCGGGUGCCGCCACGACGCCGAGGGGUCCUGGUCCGCCGGUGUCUUCCUUGGGGACUCCCCCUUCUCCCUCAAGCCCGUCGAGCACUGGAGGAUCUCUAGUGGCCCUGGAGCGGCAUGGCCAGUGGCGAAUCCGGUGGUGACGUGCGCCGAUGUGGCGGAGGCUGGAUUCCCUAGCAGCUUUGUCGCCAACCCAUUUCUCUUCAUACAGGGAGACUCAAUUUAUAUGUUUUUCGAGACCAAGAACCCCAUUGCGUCACAAGGCGACAUUGCUGCUGCCGUGAGCAAGGAUGCCGGCACAACAUGGCAGCAGUUGGGUGUAGUGUUGGAUGAGGAGUGGCACCUUUCUUAUCCAUAUGUGUUUAGUUAUGGAAACGAGACUUACAUGAUGCCUGAAAGCAGCAAGAAAGGAAACCUUAAGUUAUAUCGUGCCGUUGACUUUCCCCUUAAGUGGGAGUUAGAAAAGGUCCUUCUGGAGAGACCCCUUGUAGAUUCGGUCAUCAUACAUUCCAAGGGUUCCUAUUGGCUCAUUGGAUCAGAUUUAAGUUCUUAUGGUGCAAAACAGACAGGUGAACUCUUUAUUUGGUACAGCAGCUCUCCUCUUGGUCCUUGGAGUUCACACAAGCAGAACCCAAUUCGUAAUACAGGCAACAGGCCAAGUGCCAGAAAUGGAGGCAGGCCAUUCAUUUACAAUGACAAUCUUUAUCGCGUAGGCAAAGAUCGUGGUGGUGGAUCUGGCUAUACCAUCCAAGUAUUCAAAGUUCAAGUCCUAACAGAAGAUCAUUACAAGGAAGUUGCAGUCCCAUUUGUGCUUGACAAACCCCUCAAGGGCCGAAACGCAUGGAAUGGUGCAAGGUCCCAUCACUUUGAUGUCCAGCAGCUUCCAUCAAGUCAACAUUGGAUUGGGGUAAUGGAUGGUGACAGAGUGCUCUCAGGUGACUCAAUUCACCAUCUGACUAUAGGCUGUAUGUUUUAUGGUGCUGCUUGCAUUUUGGUCCUUCUACUUGGUGGGCUUAUUGGUGCAAUCAAGUGCACCUUACCACUUAGAUGGUAUUUACCACAUACUGAGAAACGGAGUGACAACUUUGAUAUAGAGAAGCAGGUAUUGCUGUGCCAUAAGCUUAGUUGGCUUAUCUGCAAUGUGAACAGGUUGGGAUCUCUUAUUGGUGGGAAAAUUAAUUACAGAGCUUGGAAAGACCGAGUUUAUAUAGCUUUUAUAAUAUUGGUAUCGGUAGUCCUAACUUUUUUGGGGACUAACUACAUCUUUGGUGGCGAUGGUGCAGAAGAGCCAUAUCCUAUUAGGGGUAGGUAUUCACAAUUCACAUUGUUGACCAUGACCUAUGACGCCCGAUUUUGGAAUCUGAAGAUGUUUGUGGAGCAUUACUCUAAAUGUGCAUCGGUGAGGGAGAUUGUAGUGGUCUGGAACAAAGGUCGAGCCCCAGUGCAAGGUGAAUUGAAGUCUAUGGUGCCUGUUAGGAUCAGAGUUGAAAACAAUAAUACUCUGAACAACAGAUUCAAAAUUGACAAAGAAAUUAAAACAGGAGCUGUUAUGGAGCUUGAUGAUGAUAUCAUGAUGGCAUGUGAUGACUUAGAGCGUGGGUUCAAGGUAUGGAGGGAGCACCCUGAUAGAAUUGUCGGAUACUAUCCACGCCUUGCUGAGGGCUGGCCUCUGGAAUACCGCAAUGAGAGGUAUGCUCGGCAACAAGGAGGUUAUAACAUCAUACUAACAGGAGCAGCAUUUAUGGAUCAUGAACUAGCCUUUAAGAGGUACUGGAGCAAAGAGGCUGAGAUUGGCAGGCAGAUUGUUGAUAGUUUCUUUAAUUGUGAGGAUAUUCUCCUAAAUUUCUUAUUUGCGAAUGCAAGCUCGGCAAGCACAGUGGAGUAUGUAAAACCAGCUUGGGCAAUUGAUAUGUCUAAGUUCUCAGGAGUAGCCAUUAGUCGAAACACGCAGGAACAUUACCAUGCUAGGAGCAAAUGCCUUGCUAUGUUUUCAGGAAUCUUUGGGAAUUUGACUUCCAAGAGGUUUUUUAGCAGCCGGGGUGAUGGCUGGGAUGUAUAGUGGCAUAGAUAAUUAGGUAGCUUUUUCUUGAUCCUUAAAAUGUCUCUUUAGUUUAUAAGGUAGUCAGGUGAGUAUUGGACCAGUGCAGUGUCAUUCAUGUAACUAUUAACUGUCACCAGUUUGCUGUAUAAGUUUAGCACAUAUCCACUAUCUGUAAGUUUUUCAAACUCUUUGCGUGUGUCAUGCCCUUGCACUUACAAUCCAUUACUAAACGCUUCUGAACUCAACCUUUUUUCAGUUGUUAGUCGGAGUUGUACUGAGUCUGGGUCAGCAAUCUGUUACUAUGGGUUCUGUCCAUGCAACUACAACUCUGUUCUAGAACAAAUGAUCUUAUCUCCCUUCAGAUAAACCAGAGGUUAUCACAAAGUAUUCCUGGUUAUUUCACUUUGCACAAUUACAUUACAGGAUUGAUGCUACCAGAAGGAAAAAGGAAUAAAUUGUCAGACUUUAUUCGAUGGGAGAAUGGUAUGUACACAUUUGUAUCAACUGCAUUUUGAUGAGCACAAGGUAUCAAGGAAAGUCUUCUUUCUUCUUUAACCAAGACAGGAGACAGUAAACCUUCAUUUUCACAACUUUAUCGCAAAUGCAGGCAAUGUAAUUUAUGUUACAUGAUUGAAUAAUUAAUCGGACCACUUCCACAAAAAUCCAUAGCGUCAAGCUGCUUGAGUCAAAACUUGAAGUUCUUCUUCAGGUAAACCACCACCUCUUGCUGCAAAAUAUUGUGGCAUGAGGGUUAAUGUUCUAUUUUCUAUGCACCUAAGCAUCAUGUUCUUUCAGAAAGCCGUUUGUGAGGUCCAAUUUACUUACAAUCAAGCAAAGGACGAUGCAGCCUGCAGCUCCAGGGAAAAGCGCGUACCAAAGCUGCAAACUGUGAAACUUGGGGCCAUCGAUAAACAAGAGGGGCAAGCUCGCAGCUGCAAGAAUCCAGAAAUCAUAAGCAGUGAACAAAACAAGAGUUCAGUAAGGAGGAGAUGAUGUGCAGAACAGCUAGGGCAACACAGCCAGACGAAACAUUCGUCUUGGGAGUUUUACCUGGAGGAUGCGAGGUACCCGUGAUGGUCAUGAAUGCUAUGCAGGCUGAAAGAGCGGCGCCUCUCGCUAACCAGCCAGGCCCAAACAACGAGAGGGCUAAUACGCCAAAGGCCGCGCAAGCAAUCUGCGCGACGAACAUAUUGUAUUUCUGCAAGUUUACCACGUGCGUUAGUAUUUGAUUAUCAUAGAUGAAACAUAGAUUUCAAGAGAUUUUGAUUCAGUGGUAUCAAGUAGGCAAGUAGCUGCAGGUUUCUACGAUCUUGAACCAUCUCACAGUGGAAGAAAGUAACUGUAGGCGUGCAGCAAUGGUAUUUUACUGUUUUGAAAACAUUACAUAACUCGUGAACAUUUGAAUUUAUGGUUACAAUAA